AUGGCGCUUUCAUUUCCCUAUGCCUACAUAUCAUGUCCCUGUUCGGACACGUCUCGACGGAUUUUGAGUUCAAAACGCCAAUCGCGUGAGCUAGAGCCAGAUGAGGGCCUGGAGGAUGAGGAGAAGACAUUCGAUCCGAAGCAUCCUCGGGCAGCAUUCUCACUGUUCCCCCCUGAGCACCUCCUGUACUGCGAGGAAUGCCACGACAUCAAAUGCCCCCGAUGUGUUACGGAGGAGAUCAUCUGCUACUAUUGUCCGAGUUGUCUGUUUGAGACGCCAAGCUCGAUGGUCAAGUCUGAAGGCAAUCGAUGUGCAAGAAACUGCUUCAAUUGUCCUAUUUGUACCUCUCAACUGAUCACAGCUUCCCUGGGAGACUCGAAGGAGGGACCCUUCAUAUUGAAUUGCAACUACUGCAUGUGGACCACCCUAGAUGUUGGGAUAACUUUCGACAAACCGACCAAUUUGCGUCAGCAACUGGACAAGAUAGCCAAUGGCGGAAAACCGAAACAGCCAUCUAAAGCGCAGGAUUCGUCUGAGUCGACAAGAAAGUCUUCACUAGCUCAUGAGCCAUUUUCUCCGAGCGAAGCUACCGACACAGGGCCGGGGGAACAAAAGGAGCAGCCCGCACAAGAUUUGGACGCCACUGCUCGCUUCAAGGCUCUCCGAUCGUUCUACAAAGAUCAGCUGACAGCCAUCUCAAGCAGCGACAGUGGGCUUCCAGCAUCGGCAAUGGAUCUCGCAUACUCAUCGCCAUCCUCGCUAGCACGAAUCAUGAAUCUAUAUUCCAAUCUUGGGAACUCUUCACUAAAGAAGUCUCGGCCAAAACCUACAGUCAUGAGAGAAGCUCUGACUAAGCUUGAAGGCCUUCAGGUCUCCGAGAGCGCAGUACUACCACGACAGGACUACUCCAAUACAAGCUCACAGAUACAACGCACUUUCCAGAACCCUUCAUAUCUCGGCAACCCUGAAGCAGUCUCGCUUUCCGCUCUUCGGCCCAUGCCUACUCUGCUCCGCACCAAGCGCUCCAAGCGCUGUGCUGCGUGCAAGCACAUCCUCGUCAAGCCCGAGUUCAAACCGACCUCUACUCGGUUUCGCAUCAAGCUUAUUGCCCUGAACUACAUCCCAUUCGCGAUUUUGAAGCCGCUUCCAGUGUCGGGCGGACUGCGGCCCACCGGGCCCGAUGGAGGAGAUGUAGUGCUGCCACCAGGGAAGGCGACGCAGUUCAUCCUCACGUUGAAGAACCCACAGUUCGAAAACGUCAGCGUCAAUCUGGGAAGUCCGAGCGAAACUCCGGGGAAGCACGCGCAUAAGGUCACGAUCCUGUGUCCCCAGUUCGAGAUCGGAAAGAGUGGAGAUGUCUGGGAUGACGCUUUGAACAACACCCUGAAUCAGAGCAUCAUCGGGUCGAGAGGCGGUGAGCAGAUAGCAGGAAGGCUGUAUGAUCAGGGAAGGAAUUGGGCGACCGUGGUCGUGGAGAUCACACCCGCCACGAGCAUGUUGGCAAUGGACCGGGAGCUCGAGGAAGACGAGGACGUGAUUGAGGUGCCAAUCCGCGUGAGACUGGAGUGGAAGGUCAGCGAUGACGGCAACGAGCCGAAGAAGAAGAGUGAGAAGGCGUUGGAGGAGGCUGGAGACGUCGAUGACGGAAAAAGGGAGCUCAGCUACUGGAUGGUACUUGGAGUUGGAAGAGUGGCUACCGUGGCAGAGCAGUAG